AUGUCUCAAUUUGCGACCCUGUCUGAUCAAGAAGGAACACACACGCAUGCAGCACAGGAAGAGCCUGUCGACUCGGACGCGCAUGUGGGGAGUGUCAUGCCUGCCGUUGAUUUGGAGCAGCUUCAACUCAUAGAGCUGUGCUUUGGCGAGCAUGAGUUUGGUGUGGUCCUUGACAGCGAUAAUACUACGGAGCAUGAUACCGAAGGCGAAUGUAUUAGCGCCGGUGCCAACUAUGUCAAUGCUUCGGAUGACGCGGAGCAGAUGGAUUUUGAGCAUCACAACGAACCCGGUGAAACAAUGUUAGCAGCCUUCGAAUUUGACCCUGUGCAGUUUGUCCAGAACAAACUAAGUCAUGGUGUGCCACUAGACGAUUUGUGCCGGGAUCUUGAGACGUAUAUGUCACUGCUGAACAAGAUUAUUUUGCGCCACGUGAACACGGAUGUGCACGACGCUUUUGUAAAGGUGUCUGGACAUCUUGUAGGGAUGCAAGAUGACCUACGCCUUGUGCAGCACCCUGUGGCUGUAGCUGUGAAGAAGGUAGAAGAAAACAUAGCGAAACUCAAUGAAAUGGAGAAUACGGUAACUAGUCAGAUCGCAGAGGCAACCGAACUGGAGCUGAUGCGUAUAUUCGACGUGAACUUCUUAAAGGUACUGUUGCUGUACGAUCACCUCUGUGUGCAGCUGGAGGCGCUCCCUCCUGCAUUACUCUCUCCAGAUGAUGAAAGCUCCCUGCGGCAACGCCACUUUAAGGAUAAACCUUCUCGGGCCGUGGCUGUUUCGGCAAGCAGUGAACACCUGCACGAGGCGCUCCAAGACAUCUCUGGUUUAGUACGGCAACUGAAGUCUCUCAAACACAUGAUCCCGCCUCUUCCUCAGCGGGGGCAGGAGUGUGCAGAGCUGGAUCAAAUUUUGAGCAGUGCUUUGCAGAUGGUCCACCGCGUUCUUGCGCGAGCGUACCUUGCGGUGUAUGAGGAAUGCACUUUACUUCCUAGUGAUGAACUAGAAAAAUCACUGUUGAAUAUUAUGCUGGUAUACAAGGCGAUGGAUGAGGUUCAUGAGUUUUGCCGAAUGUACCGUGAGCGAAUCCUUCGACCACUUCUCGAGUCGGUACUCUCAUGGCGCGCUGCUACGCAGGCACGCCACAGUUUGGUGGAGACAAUAAACCUGCUUAGCACACUCCGACAUCGGUUGGAAAAAGACGUCCUGCCGUUUGUUUCGCUGUUGCGUGAGGCAUUUGGUGCAGAACUUUUACCGAUCCCAACGGUUGUCUGCCCUAUUGUGUUCGAGUCGCUUCUGAAAAGGAUGAUAUCACUUUACGAUUCAGGAGACCCAGAUGCCUUUCAACAGCGCUAUGUGGCGGCUCAUGAGGUGCUCCAUCUUAUGAAAAAGAAUUGUGUUUCGGAUGAGGAAUUGCGAGCACUGUUGCGAUCACCUGAUGUGGUGUUGUGGGAGCAGAGGUGGAACACAGAUGUCUACAGUGCUAUGCGAGUGAAUGCUCUGACAAAACGGCUGGACGCAGCAAUGUCAGAGUUUAUUACACUAACAUCAGAGCAGCAUGCGGAAACGAUAGAUGGGUUACAAUUGCGAGAGGAGUCGAACACUGAAGGCACGGUGGCGAAAGUUGUAUUCCGCAUAGGUCUUUUCUCUCGGCUGAGGGAACUCAUUGAGUGGCUCUUCUCCCCAGAGGUUUACAUCUACGUUGUGACACCUAAGUAUCUCCGCGAGGUUGCAAACGCCACUCGCCGUGUCGCAAAGGCCAUAAUUGAACAGAGCACAGCCACACGCACCGUCAGCUCUUUGCGAGAUUGGUUAUGCGUCGUGAUGACUGCUUGUUCAGACUUCACACAGCUUGCUGAAUACCUUGAGGGUCCAUUUAGUAGGCACAUAUGUACUGUCAGUCAAGAUACCCUUACGGGGCCGUCGUGCUCGCAGUUUCUGCAGUUGCUCGUCCAAGGGACAUGUCAUGGGACUGUGAAGCAGCUUCAUCAACUUGUACAAUCACGUGUGGUAGAGACUUGCGCUGUCGGAUUGCAAAAUAUUCGCUCUGUCAAGUCAGCCUACGCGCACACACGCAAGCCACUCCCUACAGCACCAUCAUGGUACGUAACGAGCAUUGUUGAGCCUAUACAGCGAUUUGCUGAAGAACUUCAACGGGGCCUGUCACCUGAAACAUGGCAGGAGGUAAUAAUUGACGUAGUGACCGAUGUGCUGAAGAUGUUUCGCAAUAUCGCAAGGGACACACUAGUAACAGCGAAGAAAACAGAGGAGAGCUGGGGGAAACUGAGACGUCGCAAAGAGCUGACGUCUAGUGGUGGUGACGCCCGUACUGGUGGAAUGGAGACAACAACUCAAGAGGGGGCUUCGUUAUCUCCAUCUUCUCCCGUCACCGGUACCAGUGCGAACACGCGACCAACAGCGGAGACAGCAACAGAUCGGGACAAGAUGACGUUACAAUUGUACCUUGAUGCUAUAGCACUUAUUAAUAAUAUCGAAGGAUUGCUGGAAUCGCAGUGCGAUGGUGAGGAAAGUGUCAAAAUUCGGGAGCUUCCGCCCGUUGAGGCGAUUCACAAACUUUUGCAGCGGGCUAAGUGGAUACUGGGUGACGAUGUGCGGGAGCCCCCGGAUAUUGACGAAACUGACGAGUAG